GACAGCAAAAAUGAGCACAACAACAACAACAACAUCAACAGCAAUGACGGCGACGGCGGCAGUGACGACUACAGAAGAAGCGGGGCAGACAGCGUGUCAGUGCAGUUGUGAUCACCAUCGACAUGGUGGGGGAGAUACCGCAAGCAGACAUGGUGGAGAUUGGGGUUGACAUGGAAAAGAAGUUUGCUAUCUCCCCUCCCCUCAAUGAUAGUGACGGCGACAAUAACAACAACAACAACAACAACAACAACAAUAACAACAACGAAGGCGGAGGCGGAGGCGACGACGCCGACCAUGGAAGCAGUGGGGUAGAAAGCGGUAUCCGUGCAUCUCAGAUUUUCAUCAGCGUGAUGGGAAUGAUGCCGCAAGAGGACGUGGUGGGGAGUAGAGUUGACACGGAGAAAUGGUUUACUGUCUUCGCCCCCUCCAACUUCGAUACGGAAUCGCUCCUCAUCGUUUGGCAGAGGAUAGGAGUAGGAUAGUUGGUGGCGAUUGUUGUUGCCCGGCCCGCAAUAUCAAUCAUCAAUGGGGUGCUGAUCACCCCGUGGGUUGGAGGUGGGCUGUUUAGGGAUUAGCUUGCAGGAGGUCAAUCCUUCCCUUGCGCAGGGAAGUAAUAAAUGCCCCCUGACAGU